GUCUGAGAAAGCCGGAGAGAUCGCGACCAUUCCACUGACUAAGUACACAAACCUCCCUUCUUCCUUGUCCUGCCCUCAUUAUCAACAUCACCACCAUCCAUCACCUCCACCCGCCAACCCCCUGCAGAUUAUUAACGAGCGGUACCGGGCGUACUCCUGGGUGGCCGAGCUGAUCCAGGUGUUCAUCGCCAUCAGCGUCACCGUGUCCUUCCUGGUGAUGGGAUCGGCCAUGAAGCACACCAUCGACGGUCUGGUGAGCUCGCUGUGGACCAGCAGGCUGGAGUGGCUGUCUAAAGCCUGGGAGCGAAACCUGCCAAACAAGCAGCACAUGUGCUCAGCAAAGAGCAUGGCCAAAGGAUUCAUGUCACUGCUGGGGUUCAGCAUCAUCUUCAUCGUGUCGGUGUGCGAUCCCAGGGGUUUUGUUGUCAUGUUGGACAAAGUUGUGUCGUUCUCCCUCAACACUGAAGUCGGACUGUUUAUCUUCAUCAUGCUGAGAGAAUCCAGGGAAGACCGAUUCCAGCAGCUCGCCGUCCCUCUGCCGGUGGGCGACUUCGUGUUCAGCCUCAGCUGGCUGCUGCCCACCUACUUCCUUUUUGCCGUAACGUACGACGUCCUGCAGACGCUGGCCGACGUGGCUCAUUACCUGCCGUUCUACAGCCACGAGCAGGAGCCUCGCGUCCACAAUCUCACCGGGAGCUUAGCGGCAGCAGCCAAUCUCUCCGUCCUGCUGUAAACCCCCAGAGCCCAGAUAAGGCGUCCAUCAGUUUAAAUUGCCAAAAAUCA